AUGGCCAAAUUUAUCAAGUCGAUCUUUUACACAACUGACAGAAGAAAGAAUUCCAAGCACGAAGAAGGUGACGAAGAAAAGGUGACAAACGCGCUACCGCUAGAUGGCCGAAGAAAACUAUCUAUAUCUAGAUCUGGCAGAAUGAAACACUCUAACAGGAAGCGUCAUUCACUGUCUUUAGAAUUGUACAAUCAGGAAAUUCAAAUGACUGAAAAGAGGAAAAGUGUUGAAUACCAAACGAAUCAGAAGCCCAUUGUUAAGGAGAUGCAAACGACAAACAUGCAACGCAGUUGUACACCUCCUUUGAAAACUCCCGAAGAGGAAAUUGAUAGAGCGUUUGAAAUUAUCGAGAAGAUAUAGGAAGAAUUAACUGUAAGAAUAAUAUUUAGUUAUGUAAUGGUAGUAUUAGUUUUAAUCGUUUUUGUAUGAUUUGUGUAUUAAUGAGCGUUGUAGACAGCGUAUCUUAUGUUGUAGGAAUUUUUGUUUACAAUAAUGAUGUAUUGGUUUGAUUUAUCAAAAGAAACGUUAUAAAGAAUCGA